CUUUUUACUAAUACUAAUUCGAGACAUAAACUUACAUAUUUACGUUCUUUACUUUACCCAUUCUAUGACUUUACUUAUUACUUAUAUUAUUUAUAUUCUAUUUUCCUGUAUUUGGAUACAAUCAUCCAGUUAAAUAUUCUAGACUAUCAGAGGUCCAAGUCAACCUUCAUCAUCUUGCCCCACGAUUAUUGCCAGUGAAAAGCCCGUAUUGUUGUCAGAGCAAUCAUUAAGUUUAGCUACUAAUUUUGGUUCGGAUUUAUCGUAUGAACCUCCGAUGUCGGUAAUGAAAACACCGAAAAUUAAUGUUUUAACUACAGAACUCAUUGCUGCACUUGACAGAACUAAUGUCAGUAGUAGAAAUGCACUGUUUAUUAUAACUGCUGUUCUGUCAAGUGUUGGCAUCAAAGUGAAAGAGACAACUCUGAGUUAUAGAACAAUUCAACGUGCUCGCAUGAUAGUACGAAAAGACAUUGCUGUAGGAUUGAAAAAUGAUUUUAAAUCACACGAUAAGUACGUCAUACACUGGGAUGGAAAAUUACUGCAGGAUAUUGUUGGAUCAAAAACCGUAGAUCCGCUGUCAGUUCUCCUUACGGCAUUUGGCGUUGAACAAUUACUAGGAGUCCCAAAAAUGGACUCUAGAUCAGCAGAGAAUCAAACAGCAGCUAUUUUGAGGACUUUGGAUGAAUGGAGUCUUAGUCGCUAUGUAAAGGCUAUGUGCUUUGACACAACUGCUGUGAACACGGGAAUUCAUAGCGGAACAUGUGUAAAAAUUGAAAAAGCUCUAGGGAGAGAUUUAAUUUACUUGCCAUGUCGCCAUCAUAUUUAUGAGCUCAUUCUGAGAAAUGCAUUUGAAGUUUAUUGGCCAACAUCAUCAGGACCCAACGUACCAAUAUUUGGCAGAUUCAAAAAAAUGUGGGACAAAAUUGAUAAGACCAAUUAUAAAGCUGGUAUUGAAGAUCCAAAAGUCGCUAAUAUUGUUUUGAGUAAAAAAAAUUAAAUAUCAUCUUUCAUCACACAAUGCUUGCAAUUGAAACAACCACGAGAUGAUUCCAAGGAGUUUUUAGAAUUGUCACUAACUUUUCUUGGAGUGGUCCCUCAAGAUAAAGUUCGUUUUAAGUACCCUAGUGCAAUCCAUCAUGCGAGAUGGAUGGCAAAAACCAUUUAUAGCCUGAAAAUAUUUAUUUUUAGAGAUGAGUUUGGUCUCACUGCCAAAGAAUUGAUUCAUUUGCGACAGAUUUGCAUUUUUAUAACAAUAGUAUAUUUGAAGGCUUGGUUUUCAUCAACUUCUGCGAUUGCAGCUCCGAAUCACGAUUUAAAAUUUUUAAAACAACUAAUCGAAUAUAAAGAAAUUGAUGCAUCAAUUUCUUCAGCAACUUGCCUAAAGAUGGGUUUACAUUUGUGGUAUUUAAAUCAUGAACUCGCUAUUUUAUUACUGUUUGAUGACGCUGUACCACUCGAUAUGAAAAAGAGGAUAGUAGACGCUGUGAAAACUCGAGAUAGUAUGGAUUCUAAAGUUAAGAGAUUUGAGAUUGACCGAAAGAACAUCAAUUCGAUUAUUCAAAAAGAUUUGAGUGAUUUCGUUUCUCGAAAAUCAUUAAAUUUGUUCAAAAUCUUUGAUCUACCAUAUGAUUUUCUUGAUGUCGAUAUUGAAUUAUGGACAUCGGAUGAGAGUUAUAAAGAAAAUAAAGAAUAUUUCAAGCAAUGGAAAGUUGUUAAUGACGUUGCAGAGCGUAGAGUAGCGUUGGUAUCUGAAUACAAUCAAUGUUUGACAAAAAACGGAAACCAGUUUCAAUAUUUACUGCAAGUUGUCAAAGAACAUUGAGCGAAAUUCCCUAACUGUAAUAAAAGUCAAUUUUCAUAACUAAAUCUAAAAAAAUUAAUAUAUUUUUGUAUUUUUAUUAUAUUAAAAUAUAAAAUUUCAUAUGAUGAAACCGAAUUUGUU